AUGCCUACACAUUCUUACACCACACAGCCCGAUCGACGGUCCAUAAGUUCCUUGGAUGACGACGACGACUUGGAGCUUGAGGAGCUAGGGGUACAGUCAAGUCCGAGAUUUGGUGAUAAUGACAGGUCCCGGAGGCCUUCGGAUGGCUCGCGGUGGUAUAGCCCUGCGGUUUCCCUGAAAAAAUUACGGCAUAAAGCGCAAAAACGACCAUGGGAACGGGAUACUAGACAACGUGGAGAAGAAGAUGACUUGGGCGGACUGCUUUACGACCAGGAGCACGAAGAGGCUCGUUUCUCUCGAGGAACUACAAGCUCUGCGGACGAUGAUGCACCCCUCCUUACAGACGGGCAGCGGAGGCCCCAGUCACGACAGUCGUCUGGUCAUGUUAACUCGGGUUUGCGAUCUAGGCUUGGGCUUCCAAUCUUUAACAAUAGUGAUGGGAUUUUCGAUCGCCUGAAGCUUCCCAGAUCUGACAAGGCUGCCAACAAGGUACCUCCUCGCGAAAUAUUCGUUGGCCAGACGCAAAAGUCACGAUAUCCGCCUAACAUCGUGUCGAACGCCAAAUAUACCCCGUGGAGCUUCCUUCCACGUACUCUAUACAAUGAGUUUUCUUUUUUCUUCAACAUCUAUUUUCUCCUCGUGGCUUUGUCUCAGACCAUCCCGAUUUUACGUAUUGGUUAUAUCUCAUCCUAUAUUGCGCCGCUUUCCUUCGUUGUAUUCAUUUCUCUUAGCAAGGAGGCACUGGAUGAUAUUUCUCGUCGCCGAAGGGACGCGGAAGCAAACUCCGAGGAAUAUAACGUAAUAUCCUUCGAGCGCUCCUCAUUACGAUCCUCCGGCCUUAUCUCGUCCAAAAGCCAAACCCCUGGCUGGCCUGAGCCGGUGGAAACAACAAAAAGGUCCCGGGACCUCAAAGUUGGUGAUAUUUUGAAAAUUGGGAAGGACAGACGCCUUCCGGCAGAUGUCAUUAUAUUAAAGUCCUUGCCUACUGAACCCCAGGGGCAGGACCUAGCAUCAACCCCUCGGGGUGAUGCUAAUGGACAAGGAAAUGAUACUCCAGGGGCCAAUAAAGAUAAUAAUAUAUACGCGUCUUUUGAUGCAGCUGGCUCUGCCGAGACUUUUAUUCGAACCGACCAACUGGACGGUGAAACAGACUGGAAGCUACGACUUGCGUCUCCGCUCACACAGAGCCUCCCACUAGCUGAGCUCAAUAGAAUACGCAUCACUGCCAGCACUCCAGCUAAAAAUGUUAAUGAGUUUGUUGGGAAAAUCGAACUCUCACAGCUCCCAUCAGAGCUCUAUGAUCCAGCAACUGAAGGGAGUGGAAAACAGGAUGAGCAACCCCAGUCUGCUCCACUCAGUAUUGAUAACGCCGCUUGGGCAAACACUGUCCUUGCCUCUAAUACGCUCACUUAUGCCGCUGUCAUUUAUACUGGAUCUCAGACAAGGUCUGCCUUGUCGACUUCUGCAUCUCGUUCAAAGGUCGGGUUAUUGGAACAUGAAAUAAAUAGUCUAACAAAGAUUCUGUGUGCUCUCACCUUAACCUUAUCGAUUACUCUGGUCGCUUUGGAAAAAUUUGAACCAACAGAUGAUAAGAAGUGGUAUAUUGCCAUUAUGAUCUACCUUAUCCUUUUCUCCACCAUCAUCCCAAUGAGUCUACGAGUAAAUCUUGACAUGGCCAAAUCUGUUUAUGGGAGAUUUAUCGAGAGAGACAAGGGGAUACCCGGAACCAUCGUACGAACGAGCACAAUUCCAGAAGAUCUUGGAAGAAUUGAGUACCUGCUUUCUGAUAAGACGGGUACUUUGACUCAGAAUGAGAUGGAACUUAAAAAAAUUCAUGUCGGUACAGUGUCAUAUGCCAACGAAGCAAUGGAGGAGGUUGCAUCCUUUGUUCGCCAGGGAUUCUCAGCAUCUGGGUCAACCGGUGUAACUGACUUGCUACCAUUUAAUAACUCCUCUACGCAGCCAAGUUCAGGACCAGCAACGAGAACGAGACGCGAAAUCAGCUCCCGAGUUAGAGAUUUAAUACUAGCCCUUGCACUGUGCCAUAACGUUACGCCAACUAAAGAGGAAGAAAACGGCGAGAUAAUGACAACCUACCAAGCUUCUUCUCCAGACGAGAUCGCGAUUGUUAAAUAUACGGAGGAGGUUGGGCUCAAACUGUCUCAUCGGGAUAGGCAAUCUAUUAUUCUCAGCGUGGGGGACUCUAGUGCAAUUACAAUCAAAGCUAAAAUCCUGGAUGUCUUUCCAUUUACAUCUGAGAGUAAAAGAAUGGGGAUUAUAGUUCAAUUUUCAUCAGACCAACAUCAAGGUUGCCCACCACAACUCCAAAACGAGAUCUGGUUCUUCCAGAAAGGCGCUGAUACAGUGAUGUCCGCUAUCGUUUCAGCAAAUGACUGGCUUGAUGAAGAGACAGCAAACAUGGCACGGGAAGGCUUACGGACAUUGGUGGUAGGAAGAAAGAAGCUUUCCUCCGAACAUUACAGUGAAUUUUCCAAGAGUUAUAAGGAAGCUUCCAUGUCUCUCAAUGAUAGGGACAGUCUAAUGGCUAUUGUAGCUCGGGAGUACCUCGAGCAAGAUCUCGAGCUGUUAGGUGUUACUGGAGUUGAGGACAAACUACAGAAGGAUGUGAAGCCCUCUCUUGAGCUGCUUAGGAACGCCGGAAUCAAGAUCUGGAUGCUUACAGGGGACAAGGUUGAAACAGCACGGUGUGUUGCUGUGUCUUCAAAACUCGUCUCUCGAGGUCAAGUAAUCAAUACAGUCACAAAACUGAAGGAUAUGGACGCAGCAAAUGAUGCCUUGGAUUUCCUCCGCAACAAGACCGAGUCGUGUCUACUGAUCGACGGGGAAUCCCUUGCUUUGAUGCUUUCUCAAUUUCGAGUACCAUUUAUAACCCUCGCGGUACGUCUUCCAGCUGUCAUUGCCUGCCGCUGUUCUCCAAUGCAGAAGGCUGAAAUAGCGACUCUGAUUCGGCAACAUACCAAGAAACGUAUAUGCUGCAUAGGGGAUGGCGGGAAUGAUGUUUCUAUGAUUCAGGCUGCGGAUGUUGGAAUUGGAAUUGUUGGGAAAGAAGGACGACAGGCUUCCCUUGCUGCUGAUUUCAGUAUCACACACUUUCACCAUCUCACGAAGCUCCUGUUCUGGCAUGGCCGUAACUCUUACAAGAGGUCUGCUAAAUUAGCCCAGUUUGUUAUGCAUCGUGGCCUGAUAAUCAGUGCAUGUCAGACCAUGUUUAGCAUUGCAAGUCACUUUGACCCAAAAGGAUUGUUCAUAAACUGGCUUCUUGUGGGAUAUGCAACCAUCUAUACCAACGCCCCUGUCUUUUCCCUUGUCCUUGACCGUGAUGUCGAUGAAGGCCUAGCAAACCUUUACCCGGAGCUAUACAAGGAGCUGAAAUCCGGAAAGAGCCUCAGUUACAGGUCCUUCUUCACCUGGGUUCUCGUCUCCGUAUACCAGGGUGCCGUAAUAGAAGGCCUUGCACAGAUUCUCGUCGGCGAAAUCGCCGGCCCCCGACUCGUCAGUGUCUCGUUCACUUCCUUGGUUCUGAAUGAACUUAUCAUGGUUGCUGUUUCUAUCACCACAUGGCAUCCUGUCAUGAUAAUGUGCAUUGUUGGCACCGCCAUAGUCUACGGUGCUUCCGUUCCUUUCCUUGGUGAUUACUAUGAUCUUGCAUAUGUUGUUACAUGGGGAUGGGCAUGGAAAGUGUCCGUUAUCUGUGCCGUUUCGCUUAUACCAGUCUGGGCCGUAAAACUGAUCAGCCGUACUUGGAGCCCACCAAGCUAUCGCAAAGUACGGGGCUGA